UCUACGAGCAAAUCGAAAACCCAUACGACACGUGAACUUACAUUCUACCUUUGUUUUCGGUAUGCUAAACAAAAAUAAUAAGAAGGAGAUCAGCGCGAUACAAGACUUGAUUGAGGCAAAGGUCUAUGUAAACCCAGAGCGGCAGGCAGAGCUGCUUGCUCUGAAGGAGCGACUGUGGGCGCUUCCCCUCGACCAGCUGCCGGGGGGCGCGACAUGCAAGCUGCUGUGUAUCAACCUGUCAGAUGCAGUGGAGGAGGCUCUUCGGUCUAGCCUACCCGGCUGGACGCUGCAGGUCGAGCGCAUCUGUGACGACCCAGAUGCGCCCGAGUACAAGGAGGACCGCAAGCGCUUCGUGAAGCUGUUCUCGGGGAAGCGGCUAGAGGGGACGGGGGUGGCGGCCAUUGUGCACGAGCUGCGCAGCCAGGAUGAUGAGCUGUCCGUCCUGGACAAGCGCGUCGUUGCGCUGUCGCUGCUGAGCAAGCUGCCGGUCAUCAGCUUCUGCUGCAACAGCACCGACGCGCUCCCGGCCGCCGCCGCCGCCACAGGCGACACGUGGCCCGUGUUCUUCACGCCCCACCCGCACGAGGAUGUGCGGCCCAUGGCGGAGUGGCUGCGGGAGGAGCUGCCUCGGGUGCGGGCGCUGUCGGCUGCGAUCACGGAGGAGGUGCAGGCCCGCACUGCCCACUUGGGCAAGGUCAACGUGCCGCUGCACUUCCUCAAACGCGGUGCCGUGGCUCUGGUGCCCUUUGGCGUGCUCACCGUGAACACACUGGGCAUUGUACGGCUCAUGGCCAACAUGCUGCAGCUGGCGGGCAUGCGCGGCGACACCAGUGCCAACAAGGCGCUGGGGCUGCUGGGGGCCGAGAACGCCGCACUGGUCAGCGCCGUGGACUCGCUGGGGGACGUGUACUCGUUCGCGGUCUUCGCCACGGUACUGGGCGAGCUGCAGGGCAUGGGCUUGGUUGAGGCCGCUGAGGCAAUGGACGUGGUGGAUGGCCUCACGCUGGGAUCGAUUGGCGUGGUGACCGGCGCCGUGUCGGCUCUGGGUGCCUACAUGUCACGCCCCGUGAUGGUGCGCUCGGCAGGCCAGUUCCUAGCCAGCCUGCAGACCAUCUACGCGCUCAACCCAGGGAUGAGGCGGGAAGGUCUUGAGCGGAAGACGAAGAAGAAGCGGCACGGCGGCCGGCACAAGGGCGCCGGCGGCGGGGUAGCUGGGGACGCUGACGAUAAGGAGGAGCUGCGGGGCCUGCUGCAGCGCAGCAUGGCGGGUGGCAAGGCGCGCGAGCAGGCGAGGGGCGGCAAGAAGAAGAGCCGAAAGGGUGUUCAGGCGCAUACAGAACUGGAGGAGCGGCACGCCGCCGCGGCGGCCGUGCUGGCGGGGCGCGCGGAGUCGGAGGUGGCUGAUGAAGAGGAGGAGGCGCAGAGCGGAAGCGUCAGUGAAGACGGCAGCGAGGAAGGACAGCAGGAGGUCGGCUCGAGGGCCGGCGGUGAGGAGGCGUCGGCCGCCGCCUCCGCGGCCGCCGCUGCAGCCGCCUCAGCAGCUGCAGCCGCCUCAGCAGCUGCAGCCGCAGAAGACGUUGCGUCAGCGGCGCAGCAGGCGGCGGUGAAGGCCGAAGAGGAGGCAUUGGCGGCGGAAGCCGAGGCGGACGCGGCUUCUGUGGCUGCGAGCAGUGCUAGUGCCACGGAUGCGGCGGGGUUGGGGACGGGCAAGCUGACGAGAGAGGAAAAGAAGCAGUUGGCACUGGCGCGGCGUGCGGCCGCGGCGGAAGCGAAAGCCAAAGCAGCGGACGCGAAGGCCGCAGCCAAAGCAGCGGCUGCCGCCUCGAAGGCGGCUGAAAAGGAGCGCUUAGCUCAGGAGAAGGCAGCCGCGAAGGAGGCGGCGAAGGAGGCGAAGGCCGCUGCCGCGGCAGACAAGGCGGCGGCGAAGGAGCGCAAGGCGGAGGAGAUGGCCGCUGCGAAGGAGGAGUUAAAAGCGGCGAAGGCGGCUAUAGCGGCAGCCAAGGCGGCUGAGAAGGAGCGCCUAGCCAUGGAGAAGGCAGCUGCCAGGGAGGCUGCUAAAGCUGCGAAGGAGGAGGCGAAGGCCGCCAAGGCGGGGGCCAAGGCGUCAGAGCCGAGCACCUCGAGCAUUGUGGGCCCGGAGGCGUGGGAGGCGGCACCCGUGGCCCCUGCACCAGCAGCCACCAAGGUGCGGUGGUGGCAGCGGGCCAAGAAGGCGGAGGUUGCGGGCGCGGCGGCAGGCGCCGCCGCGGCGGCGGCGGCCGACGGCGGCAUCGACGUGGACAGCAGCGGGGGCAGCGGUGUCAGCGGAAGCGAUGAGAGUGGGUGGGGGCUGGCCGUGCUGGGAGGCGCCAUUGGCGGGAGUGCUGGCGAGGACGGCAGUGGCGACCGGGACGUGGUGGACGCCGUGGCGCGCGAUGAGCGCAUGGGCCUGGAUGCGGAGACGCGGGCGGCGCUGGCGCAGUUCUUGAGUUUGGAGGAAGAGGAGGUGUAUGGGGCGGAGGGCAGCGGCGAGGGUGAGGCGCCUGGAGGCGCGGCGGUGGCCUCGGAGGGCCUGGCGGGUGUCAGUGGCGGCCUGCACCCCCUUGGCUCGUGCAUCUAGUCGGAGGUCGGAGGCACUUGCAUCUAGUCGGAGGUCGGAGGUCGGAGGCACUUGCAUUGUGGGAUUGCGGAGCGGGUUGUUACUUGAUACCGUCCU